CGACGCUGUUGUAGUAAAGUCACUGAAAAUGCAAUCGAGUGUAUGGAAGAAAAAGUGACCCCGGAAAUUCGGUUUUUAAAGGUUUUUGUUUUAAAUUUAUUAUUAUAAUAUUUUUCUACAUUUUCCCAAAUCAGUUAAAAUGGUAUUUGUUGUGAACUUGCGUGUCUGUGCGACAUGCGCGCUCCUGGAGCUGAUAUUUUUGGCAGCUUUGGACACAUCAGAAUGCCUGCAGACAGCAGUUCGACCAGACAAAGGCUCAGUGGUGACUGUGUCCACCGAGCUGCCUUUGGCUCAGUGUGCUGUGUGCACAAUCAGUGGGGUGAACGACACCCAGACUUCCUGCAGCUCCUCUGUUUCUCUGGUACCUGAAGUUGAAGUUAAACUACUGUUCAACUGCUCCAAACCCAUCGAUCAGUCCUACACUGUGAUCAUUACUCGUUCCAUUGAAUGCACCAAAGAUGCCUGCAACCCUGAGACGGAACAAAUGUCUUCCUCCAUCCUGACAGAGUUUACCAGAAACUUUGUCUGGGAGGUGAAGGCUCCUGAGAAGACAGCCGUGACUUUGACUAUUUAUGGAGAUGAACUGAUUGAGACAUCACAACCUUGCUCUGAUGGAUUUCAGUAUUCAGUGGCUCCAUCUAAAACCAAGAACCCCACUCAGUAUUGCCGAGGUGGCACUAUGAACCAACUACACCUGGCUAACCAAGGUGUUUUAUCUCUACGAGUUAAGCCCAAGCCAGGGUCGGUGUCUGUAUUGUUUAAGGCUACUGCUGGACCACUGAAGGGACAAAAAAUGGUCGUAACCAUCAGUCCCAGUACAACUGUAGUCCUGAGCCGGGACCUGCAGGAGUCAGAGUGUGAGGCGUGUACAGGUGAUGGCUCCUCUCCUGACUGUAGCUCAACAGAAAAGACACUGACCAGCGCUGAAAAGCUCCCAGUAGAGUUCAGCUGCCUGAGACCUCAGGAUGACUACAGUGUGAAGAUAAAAAAGGCAAUAGAAUGCACACAGAGCUCCUGCAGCUUUGCUACAGCUGAAGUUGAUCCCAGUCUCUUUGAGGGUUUCAAAAGAAUCCUAACGUGGGAUAUAAGUGUUCCAGAGAAUACUGUUUUAACUUUAGACUUUCCUGCUGAUGGACUGAAAGGCAUUUCUACUUCAGAAAAUUGUAAGAAUGCCUUGCAGUACACAGUAAGUACAGCCAAAAGCGAUGGUAAAAUUGGAACUAAUAGCUAUUGCAAAGGUGGGACAGUGUCUCAUCUGAAACUGCAUGGAGCAACAACUGUAACCGUUGAAGUACCCAAAGGAGUCAGCGUUGAUCAGACUGUAUUCAGUGUCAAAGCAGCUCCAAGAGGUAGCAGAAUGAUCUCUGUGACCCCUGACCCCAACACCAUCGUCAUCAUCAGCAGGGUGGUCGAAGGACCGGUCUGCAGUGUGUGUGUGAUGGAGGGGUCUGAGCAGAAAUGUGAUCCACAAGUUCAACAACUGACUGAUCCUCGCAACACCUCAGUAGAAUUUAAAUGUCCUCAACCUCAGAAUGUCUAUAGUGUGGAGAUCAACACAGACUGCAAGGAGACUAUCUGCUCUGGCAAUAUUGUUCAGGCCGAGAACAUGUUUUUCCCAGACUUCAACCGAACCUUCACCUGGGACCUAAAAGUUGCCUCUCCACGGACUUUUCAACUUGAUUUCCCAGAGCCAGGAAUGCGACAGAUUCCCAAUGAAGAGACCUGUCCGGAUAGCCACACAUAUUCUCUUGUUAACUAUCUGCGAAGUGGCCCAGUGGUUAUUGGUACCUUUUGCAAAGGAGGCAGUGUGACAACAAUAGUGGUGCGUUUCAAGGGCCGGAUGUCUUUGCAGGUGCCUGGGGGUGAAAAGCUGGACCCUGUUGACUUCAAAAUCAGUGUUGGACCUGAGUCAGAAAUUGCAGCCGUAGUGAAAGUCAAGCUACCACGAGGUGUGUCAGAGACAAACUUUAUCACACCCAACUAUCCCAGAGACUUCCCUGACAUGCAGCAAAUGCGGUGGAACUUUACGGUGCCUGGCAUGCACAACUACACAAUGCGUUUUCUUCGGCACACUAAUCCAGAAUGCCUGAAGGACGAUGUGGUCGUGAAGUAUGAAAAAGAAAACGACAAGGUGACCCAACUGACCCUAUCGGAUCCUCAACCGCAGCAUCAGCAGGGCAACUUUAAUAUGGUGCUGAAGAACUGUGAAACCAACACAACGCUACAAGGACUCAGUUUGAGCUACAGAGUCUCUGUAAUGAGAAGUGGUCAUCCAGUUCUGUGCACUGUGGAUUUAACCAAACUUCAAGGAGUGUCUCUGCAAAUUGAGAAGGUGGGUUCUGACCCUUUCUGUGAGAUGAGCAUAGACUCCAAGGUUACAGAGAAGAUACAUGUGGCUGCAGGCACCAAAGCCAGUUUGUCCUUCCUUGACUGUCCAAAUGAUGAUGUUCGGCUGACUGCCAGCAAAGUUAUUGAGUGCCAAAAUGUGAUGACAUGCCCUCCAACUACCCUCACUGUGCCCACACUGGAUUCCUGUCUGCCGAUUCCCCUCCACAGCUUCAGAUGGAAUGUCAGCAUCCCUCUGGAUGGCACGGUUGAUCUGGUGUCUCCCACAGGGAGCCUCCAACAGAUCCUGCCGGGCCAGGAGUGUAAUCAGUCUUUCUCACUGCACGUGGCUGAGGACGAUGGCUUUUCUGUUGGAGAUUUCUGCUGGAACGGGAUGAUCCAGAAAGUUCAAGUGCACAGCAAUGUUUCCAUCACAGCCACAGCUCAGGACUUCAAAAAGACCUCAGGACCUUUCCUUAAUGUCAGCUUCAGCCAGGAAAUCUCAGAGACCGUCAUUUACAGAGUCGACCCUUCGAUGACAUCUCCCACCCUGCUGGCCACCCCCAACUGGCCUCUGGGAAUGAAGUCAUUGUCCACUGUAUCUUGGAUUGUCUCUGUUCCGAGUCAGUACCAAGCCCAGCUUGUGUUUGUCAACAUCAGCCUGCCCAGAUGUGAGGACAUACACACUUCCCUGACGGUCAAGAUGCUGGGGUAUGAAGAGGAGCUCAUGAGCCGCAGGGAGGAUGAGGAGAUGGAGAACAAUUUAUUGGUUCCACAUAGUUUUUACCUCAACAUGUCCAACUGUAUCCCAGAGGAGCGACACUUUGGUAUUGUGACCAAAAUUGUUCUCCAGAGAAAAAGCAAUUUGUUGGCCAUCAUCCUCGGGUUAGUUGGAGCUCUUCUGCUUCUGCUCAUAGUUCUGGCUGUUGUAUGCUGUAUCAGAAAGAGAAAGAAAACAAAAACAAACAAGGAGUCUUCCAUCUACAUGGGCAAGGACAAUAUAUUCCGCCCAGGUGACAGGCAUUUUACUAAAACCCGAUCUGACAAUGAAUCCCAUGUCUACGAGUACAUAGAUGACACGAUGGUCUAUGGCCACCUGCUGAGUGGCUCUACCUGUUCUGACAGCAUGCAAGACAACUAUAAAGGGAUGCCGACAGAUUCCUAUCAAACCUUUAUGGGUCCCACAGAUGGAGCGAUGCCUGCAAUUAAGGAGCCAGAUCCAGAGCCCAAGGUGGACCAUUACAAGACGUUCCUUGACCCAUCUGAUACUUUCAUCCCACCCCGUCCACGCACCCCCAUCGGCCGACAAGACAGCCUCGGCUUUCAGGACCGCAGGAUGGUGGAUAAUGAACUCUACACAUUCAAGAGCACAGGGGAUAUAAACAUGAUCCAACUCUCUGGUGCUAAUCAUGAGUCCCAGGAGACGUUAUCAGAUGAGUUCUUGUAAUGACAAACUGAUGCUACGAAGUCUUUGGACUGAUGUAAACAUCUGUGCCUGGAUCACACUCAGGGAAUCUGAGUUAGGUUUUUUUUUUAUGUGUGUACAGACUCAGUCAUUUCUUGAGCUUUACUACGUAAGCUGUGAGUCUCGCUUUUACAGAAAUAGUUUGAGGACAUUAGAUAGCUUAGAAGGUUGACGCUUCUUGUUAAAUAUGAAUUAAAAGCCAUCAGCAUAAAAACUGGAAGCAGGAUUUUGCAUCAUAUAGUUUUGUGGUGACCGAGUCUUGUUGAUGCAGCAAUUGAGCAUCAUCUGUGUUUUUUUUUUUUUUUAUCUUGUUUAUAAGUGGCACAUUAGACAAGCCUGGUCAAAGUCUGAACUUUGAAUUAAGAUGAUUUUUGCCUCCUUAGGAAAAUAGAUUUCAUGAGAUGCAAACACAUUUUGCAAAUUAAUUCUGAUGUAGCAAACAUGACACGUUGAGUCAUUGUUUCUGGCCCCAGUGAUGAAACAUGGCAACUACUUGACAUGAAGGAGCUACCCCAACAUAUCCAGAAUUUCCAAAGACCCUUCUUUUUUUACCCCCCUUUACUACUUUAAUACUUUGCCCGAUUUACUCGCCUUUUUUUAGGUGUUGCCUUAAGUUAUGGCUGACUCUAUGAUUCCUCAGACCUUUCUCGAGUAAGUAUUCUCUCACACCCAUAAAAGCAUAAAUAAAAAAAGCCCUUUUAGAGACAGUAAAAACAUUUUUUGCUAAGUAAGUCCAUUUUCUUUCUUUAGCACAACUUUACAGAAACAAAUUAUUUCGUGGCAAACUUUUGUGAAACUGAGAUGUUUAGUGUUGUGAGCUUUUUUUUUGCUUUUUCUUUCCAUCUCCAUUCUUUAUGCUGGGUUGUGCUACGUCUACUUUUGUGUUUCUACAAAGAGGAGCAGUGUCACUCUUCACUCUCCAACGAAAGAAACAAAACUCCAAACUAUUUCUGUAAUAUUUGAUUAAGCUUCUGCCUUUAUAAGCUGCGGCUGUUAAAAACAAAAAACCAAAAAAAAAAGAAAAAACCCCAAAAAAAAAAACCCUAACUAUGGUUUUUUUAAAAAUGUUUUUAUAUUGGUUAGUCUUUUUUUUUUAUAUUUGUUUUUCUUCUGUAAAUACAACUGUUUUCUUUUCAAUAAAUUCAGAAAUUUCAUUGAGAAGGGAAAAGCUUUCCUUCCUGAGGUCUGCCACCACACACUGAUGCAGUGACAUUUAAUUUUCCAUUUUAAACUGAGACCUUUUGUAUUCUGAAUUGUGGAAACUACUCAGCCAGAAGAACCAUGAAAAACAUUGUGAAAGAGGGUGUGGAAGAAAUUCAGAUUAGUGAGAGGCAGCCAGUGUUUUACCAUAAAAGCAAUAGCAGAGGUCAGGUUUAUAUACAUGCAUUGUAUUUCUCAAAUUGCAGGGAUUUGAAAUGGUCUGCUUUUGUUUUGGAAGGAAGCAGUGUUGCAAAGUUUAAGAAAAACUUCUGUAGCGUAAUUCUCAAUAAACAUUUCCUUUAACAAAUAA